AUGGGCGUCGACACCCUGAUCGUGACCGGGGUUGGAACAGAGACCGUCACUGGGACCGAGAACGAGGUUGGGACCGAGACCGAGCCCCGGGCCGAGAUUGGGACCGCCAUCGCCAUUAUGAUGACCGUUCGUCAUGCCCUUCCCAUGCGCCCCUCCUCCUGCACUUGCAUCCAACCAUCCUCAGCCCCCACACUCUGGCCACACGACAUAUCGGAUAAUCGACGCACGCAUUCCCCCAGCGACCGCCACUGGACCCAUGACAAGUAUGGCUCUAAGGACCUGGACUCUCAACGCUGGCGAGAUUCCGACCAACGCCACCGCGCCGAGGAUACUGCACCACCCGUCUCUCGCCACGUGGUGUUUCGCAAUUUGAAUUAUGACGCCACGGAAGACGACAUUUUUCGUACACUCGAUGCGCUCAACCUUCCCACUCCGUUGAAGAUUACCAUCUUGCGCGAGCAAGACACCGGCGAGUCACGGGGCGUUGCCUUUGUGGAUUUUGAGCGCAUCGAGGACGCCCAAACUCUUGUGGACCAGGCCACGCUAGAAAUUAUGGAGCGCACUGCCCGUGUCUGUUUCAAGGAGGGCCGUCGUCGAGAUGGCGGUGCUCACCAGGAACCACCUAGCAACGUGCUGAUUGCUCGCAAUCUGUCUCCCAUGACCGACGAGGCAUCGCCACCCAUAAAAACACGGGUAAUGCGCGACCAAGAUGGCGUUUCGCGCUGCUUUGGAUUCAUUGAUUACAGCUCAGACCAGGAGGCGCGCAUGGUUCUGGACCGCAUUGCUACAACCGAGCUGCCCUUUUUGGUGGACAAUCGUGAAAUCUCAGUCAACUUUGCUCGAGCAUUCGAUGACUUGCCUGUGCGCGGCAGUGGGGGCAGCGCCGCACUUGCGGUCCAGCGAGCAGACAGUAAGGAGCCAGAGAACCCCAUGGAGCGGUUGCGCGUGGAUCCAGCCACGGGAUGGCUAUAUGACCCACAUACGUCGUACUAUUAUGACAAGAUACACCGCCUCUUUUACAACGGUGCCACUCGACAGUACAUGCAGUGGGAUACGACUACAAAGCUGUUUGUGGCCGUUGAAACCCCACCCGACGUUAAGGAGCGUGAGCAGCAAAUGUGGGCAGCCGCCCUCAACCAGACAACCGCCGCAGCUACAGCUGCCAAGCAGGACGAUGCUGACCCCGCCAAGGCUAUGGCCAACCAGCUCGAGGAAUGGGAGCGCAAGCAAGAACGCAAGCGACAAAAAGAGGCCAAGAGCGGCGUUCUCAUCAAGAAGAAAGUCAAGGCAGCAGCUACCGGCUUCAAGGUCGUCGGCGCCAGCGAGACCACCGAUCCAUCAGCCGAGGGCGAAGAUGGGGCAGAAGAGGACGAUGGCGUUGACUACGACAGUUUGGUGCAAAAAUUGCCCCCUGAGGUGGGCACGGUGCACGACUGGGAUGUACUUGAGCAAAGGCAGUUUAUCAACGUGGAGAAAUUUGCGUGCUUGUUGUGCAAGCGCGCGUUGGAGACCAAGGAUAAGUUGGAAAAGCACAUUCGCGUAUCAAAGCUACAUGUGGACAAUGUCGCCAAAGCACGCGAGAAAGUAACUUCGAUGUUGACCACCCGCGAGCGGGAGAAAUUGGCUGAUGCCGAAGCUCGGGCGGCCUAUCGUGAUAGGGCAAAGGAGAGGCGUAAACUGCAUGGGCAGAAACGCAAGCCACCCCAGUCAUUUCGCAAGCGUGCGGCCCCGCAAGCCCCAGUGGUGGAGCAGCCCACCAAGGAUGGUAUCAAAGAAGACAAUGUGGGCAAUCGUAUGCUCAAAGCCAUGGGCUGGAGCGAGGGUAAAGGGCUUGGCAAGGAUGGCUCGGGCAUCGUCAAGCCGAUUGAGGCAGAGGUUCGAGUCCAGGGUGCUGGUCUCGGUGCCGCGCCCACCUACAAGGUAGAGGAUGGCGAUCUGACCGGCACGAUGAAGAACAUGGCGCGUGCCCGUUAUGAGCGCGUCCUUCGCGAAGAGCAGGUCCAAGAUCACGAUGUUCCUAGCGCAACCGCAACGUGA